AUGGCGACAAUCUCUGCUUCCAGCAAAGAAACAACUAACUACGCUCGGUUGUGUCGCCUGCUGGUGGAUGUGGGUUCACAAGUACUCAGAGAUGUAUUCGAGAAACUGCGCCCUCCAGGAAGCCUUGACACAGUUUUAAAAACUCCUUCUGUAAGUUCCACGCUGACUUCAUUAAAAAAGAAGCGAGUUCUUAACCAUGCACAGUGGACGAAACUCACCUCAUCGUCAGUGGCAUCGGUGGAUUUUGACAUUACCCUGAUAGCUGUCCUUCUUAGGAAUAUAUGUGGCCUUUCCGCUCCGGUAACUGGCUGGAACACUCCUCCAUCCGCAUCAGAUAUGACAGAGGCAGCCGAUAUCACCCGUAUCAAGAUAUACAGGAACGAAGUCUACGCCCACGUCAACCGUGCUUCUGUUGAUGAAGCACAAUUCAAUGCACAUUGGAUGAAUAUUAAGGACCCCUUGGUGAGACUUGGAGGAAUAAAGUACGAGGCGAUUAUCGAUAACCUGAAAACUGAGGGAAUAGACCCAGAGAAGGAAAAAGUCUAUCAACAGCUCCUCAAAGAAUGGACGGAAUAUGAAGAAAGUGUCACAGAGGAACUUGGUGAGAUUAAGGAACAGCUAGGGACCUUGAAUUGCAAAAUACAAAAGCUGGACGAGAAACUAGAAAUGACGUUACCAUUGGCACUCCCCGCGGAGGAUCUCUGUCUAACAAACUUUAGAGAUCGUCUAGAGAAGCGGUAUAACAACUUAUGCCAAGUCAGAAUCACCCCUUGGGAUCCUGACAACACUGUACAAAUCGACGAAAUUUACACAGAGCUCUUUUGGGUCAGGGACAACAAGAAGCCAAGUGGAAAGAAACAAGAAAAACUUGAUGAUUAUUCCGACAUUCUGAAAGAGCUUAAAAGCAACAGAAUCCUUGUAUACGGUAUACCGGGGAUCGGAAAAUCCACCUUUGCCAAAAAAAUCGCCAUCGACUGGGCAAGAGGUAAAAAGGAAAACCUAAAGAAGUUUGAUCUGCUGCUCAUGAUCCCGUUACGAAACGUUUGCCAUAGUAAAACCUUCCGGAACAUGUUAAUUGAAGCCAAGCUGUUUCCCGCUGAAGACCAGAAGCUCGUCGACGCUCUCCUUAGGUACAUUCUUGAGCACAAAGAUAAAGUUUUGUUGGUUUUGGAUGGUUUUGACGAGUACAAUGCAGGUGAGGAGACUCCAGUUGUUAGCCGCGUAUGGAUGGGGGAUGAGCUCCGAGACUGCUUUGUGAUUUUGACAACGAGGCCAAUAAGAGAGGAUGAUGUAAAGCGAUACAGCAGCGCCCAAUUUCAGAUAAAAGGAUUUGACCAAGCCCAGAUCAAAGAGUUUUCAAUGAAGUUUUUAGAAGAUGAGCAAGAAGUUCAGAAGUUUCUUGAUUACAUUAAGAUCCACAAGCUGAAGGAGAUUUCAGAAAUUCCCCUGCUUUUGCUGAUGCUUUGUUUAGUCUGGAAGGAGAAAGAUCGCGAAGGGUUACCAGAGGCAAAAGUGCAUCUUUACAGCGAUUUCAUUCAAACCCUUUUAAAUCACAUGGCCGCAAAAGACGCUGAUGAAGAAGUUAAGAGCAUCAAGGGCUACGGUGGCGAUCUUGAACAAGUAGGGGAACUGGCAUUUAAUGCUUUACUGAACAAUUCUCUCGAGUUUGAUUAUGAACAUUUUCCUAACGAGCUUCUGAGUAGCAAGUUGAUCCGUGUUGGCGUAAUUCAGAUUGUAAAGCUCUUUAGUGCAAAGCCAAAGAAGAUGGUUGCCUUCCUUCACAAAUCCAUUCAAGAAUUCUUAGCAGCCUGGUUCAUUAUUCACAAGAUACUUCCAUCCGCUAAAGACAAUGUCACUUGCAUACCUACCAUAAAUUCAACCAGAAAAGUUGUCGACUUGCUCGAAGUCCUCAAGUUUGUUUGCGAAUGGUCACCGGAAGGGUCGAAAGCUGUACAGCAGCAUCUGGCAUCUUUGAGGACUAACCAAAAUCCUCCCAAAGACGUUCAAACAGAAACACCGUUCUUGGAGGAUUUGCUGAGUGAUGACAAAAAAUUAUCAAAGUUGAGCCUUGAGUGUUUUAUCACUACACCCACUCAAUUUAAGGGCGAAGUGUACCCGUCGUUGUUGAAAUCCCUCACGGGCGUUUUGAUAAUACCUGACACACUCCUGCCUCAUGUGGCCAACGGACAUUUUGUGAAGUCCGAAGUCCUGCCUGAGAGUGUACUAUUUGAUUUUCACAGGCGUCCUUCUCCUAAAGACCGCGAUCACAUUUCCUCCAUCAUGGACGAUCUUAACGCGAUAAUUGUAAGUUCUACAGGAGAAACGAAGGCUUCUGACUUUGUGAGAAGACAAGGGAAAACUGAUAUAUUGGCCUCUCUCUUAUUGAAACGCUUAGAAGAUAAGAUGUAUCUCUACUUCUCUCAGAUUGCCAACGUUGAUGUCGGAACGCUGCGGGAGCUUGCGAUGCCAGCGCCAGCUACGUUUUCUCAUACCCGUGCAAAUCAUAAAGAUGUAGUGGUCGGUGACAGGGCAGCCGAGAUGGAUUGGCAAACUCGUCAGCACUGUUUUUCACUCGCAAAGAAAAUUGACAUUGAGGAUUUAGAAGGCGACGUCAUCCACAUAAUUUCUAAUGUUUUGCCUCUUCUUAGCAGACCAAGAGAGAUAGUAUUACGAAGCCUUAAAGAAUCUUCUAUAUCUCAGGAGACAGGACGUGUAGUGUCAGGAAUAAACAUGACAGAGUGUCUUAGACGCCUGAAACUACAUAAAACAUGCUUGACGGAGAAAUCUCUGUCUGUGCUAGCAAACGCCUUACAGAAAGCUUGUAACUUGCAAGAAUUAGUCUUGUCAGAAAACCCAUUGGGAAGCAGCGUGAGGUGCCUGGCAGCAAAUCUUCGUCAUGUGCAGCAGCUGACUAUCUUGGAAUUGUCAGAUGUUCUCAUGGAACACGAAGCCUUCUCAGAUCUCGCCGAUUCCUUGCGUCAUGUUCCUGACUUGGAAGUUCUUUCUGUGUCUCGAAAUCAACUCGGGACGUCGAUCUUAGAUUUGGCAGACAACUUGAAAUUCGUUCCUCGAUUGACUCGAUUGGAGCUAGGAGAAACCCACAUGGACGAAAAUGGAGGAAGGGCUCUCUCUGACUGCUUACAAUCUCUUCCACGGUUACAGGUGCUGGACAUAUCUCACAAUCCACUGGGAAGCGCAGUUGUUGUGAUUGCAGAUAAUCUUUGCAAAGCAACCUCCCUCACUGAUCUCAAUAUGACUGACACAAAAAUGGGCGCAGAGGAAGCCACAGCACUUGGUAGCUCACUUAUGUCCCUUCAAAAUCUUACAACACUGUCCAUUGGGUCCAAUCAACUAGCCCAAGGAGUCAGUGCUCUCGUCUGGCGUCUCUCUGAAAAAUCAAAGUUGAAGCGACUCAACAUGGAGAACGUAGAGAUGGGUGAGGAGGAAGUUGACAAUGUGGCAAAAACCUGCAAAAAAAUCCAAAGCUUAGCCAUUGUUAACGAUUAUCUUGAUGAAAAAGAAGAGUCGAAGAAAAGACAGAAGGAAGCUGUAGAAAAUUACGACGAGGAUUAUUUUGAUGACUAUCAAGACCACUUUCUAGACAACGAUUAUGAAGAUUAUUCCCCCAACGACUGGGACGAUGACAACGACAGUAAUGACGAAGACGAUGGAGAUUUUUACCAAGAGAAUGAUUUUGAUGAGGGUGAUAAGAAAUACAAAUCAGGGGGGAAAACCGGGUCAUGA